AUAACGUCAAGGAGAUACAUCACACACGACGAUGUCUUUUUAUCAUUAGUUAUAUUUGUUUCAUAUCUUCAUCCACAACUUCUCAUGUUUUAUAAGGUCUUUGAAUUUUGAACUUAAAUAAAAGAUAUAAUUGACAAAUAAAUCUUUUGAAUACAUGUAAUUAUUCAUCAUUCUUUUUAUCCUAAUCUUCAUCUAAUCUAGUCAAGGGGUUUCAACCCAAUACAAAAUCUCUAUGGUAUGAUUUUCUAAUACCCAUAAUUUCUGGACAAAUAUUGUCAAAUUCCCUUCAAAUUAAGGUCAAAGAGGAAAUUACCAUCCAACCCAAAACCUAACAAAAUGAUGAGUUGCAACAGAAAAAACAUAUAUUUAGCAAAACCAGAUCCAGAAAAAACAGGGAAAAAAAAAAUACAACACAAAUUUGUACAAUGUUGUCAAAAUAGAAGAGAAAACAAGAAGUUACCAUUGGUUCUUAAGAUAAGAGGUGUGAGUUUUAGAGAAAAAAAAAUGGUGGUUAGGCAUGCAAGCAUGUCUGUCUUCUCCUGGUUUUGAGAACCUUUGACCUUCCAAUGAAAAACUACAGCCAUCCAUAAUCCCACCACCAACAAUAAUUAACAAUAAUCUCAAAAUAACAAACACCAAUCAUAAAAUUCCCUUUCUCCCUUUUUUUCUCAAUUCUUAAGCCAUCUCUAAGCUAUCUAUCAAACCUUGCAUGUAACCCACUUUCUCAAUAACCCAAUUCCCAUUUCAAUUCAGAAAGAAACUCCUACAAACCAAAACCAAAACCAACAUAUUCUUUUUUUCUUUUUUUUUUUUUUCCCUUGUGGAAUUUUGAUUAAGCUUCUGAGGCCCCUUUCCAAAGGCUCUGUCCUUUUGUUCUUUUUCUAUGAACUUUGUUUUUUCAGGUCUGUCAAGAUUGCUGGUUUGUUCUCUCUCGUUUAUUCUAUCAAAAGAUUCAUCAAAAAGCUGAAGAUGGUACGAGAAAUGGAACAAGAUGAAGAAAAUUACAGGUCCAAAUUGUUCAAUUUCAAAGCAUUUCAGGAGAAUAAUAAUGCAACCAAACACUCGAAAAGCUUGAGCAUGGAGAGUGCAACUGUCCUGUUUUCUUCAGAUAAUAAUUAUUUGUUUUCCAACAGAAAUCAGGGAUCAACUCCGGUGAACGAUACCAUUUCGGACAAACCCCCCACGAAUCGACAGGACAAAGGCCCUAAAGCUAAGGUCUCCAGAGAUGAUGCUGCAAUUAAACAGCCUAAAGAUCAGCCACCAACAGAAAUUGAACAGAUGAAGGAGCGGUUUGCUAAGUUGCUUUUGGGUGAAGAUAUGUCUGGUGGAGGAAAGGGUGUUUCGUCGGCUUUAGCAUUGUCAAAUGCGAUUACAAAUCUUGCAGCUUCUGUUUUCGGGGAACAAUGGCGUCUAGAGCCGAUGUCAGUAGAGCGAAAAGCAAGAUGGAGAAAAGAGAUUGACUUGCUAUUAUCAGUCACUGAUUACAUAGUUGAAUUUGUUCCUUCCCAACAAAAAUCCAAGGAUGGAACAAACAUGGAGAUCAUGGUUACCCGUCAGCGCAAUGAUCUUCACAUGAACAUCCCGGCACUACGGAAGCUCGAUGCGAUGCUUAUUGAUUGUUUGGAUAAUUUUAAGGACCAAUCCGAGUUCUACUAUGUAUCCAGAGAUUCUAGUGAGUCAAAUAAAGACAAUGCUUCAAAAAGAAAAGAUGACAAAUGGUGGCUACCUACUCCUAAGGUUCCUACAAAUGGUUUAUCUGAAAACUCAAGGAAAUUUAUGCAGUAUCAAAAGGAUUGUGUAAACCAAGUCCUUAAAGCAGCCAUGGCUAUAAAUGCACAAGUUCUAUCAGAAAUGGAGAUCCCAGAAAACUACAUUGAGUGUUUGCCUAAGAAUGGGAGGGAAAGCCUUGGAGACUCUAUCUAUAGAAACAUAACGGUUGAAUUCUUCGACCCGGAUCAGUUUCUGUCUACCAUGGACUUAUCUUCAGAGCACAAGAUCCUAGAUCUCAAGGAUAGAAUUGAGGCUUCCAUUGUGAUAUGGAAGAGGAAAAUGAACCAGAAAGAUGGAAAAUCUGCUUGGGGCUCAGCUGUAAGCUUGGAGAAGCGAGAGCUUUUCGAGGAGAGAGCGGAAACAAUUUUACUCAUCCUCAAACAUCGUUUCCCAGGCACUCCUCAAUCAGGAUUAGACAUUAGCAAAAUCCAAUACAAUCGGGAUGUUGGACAGGCUGUUCUAGAGAGUUACUCCAGAAUCCUCGAAAGCUUGGCCUUCACAGUGAUGUCAAGGAUUGAGGAUGUACUCUAUGCAGAUUACAUUGCUCAAAAUCCAUCACAAGCAUCAGGUAAGAAGAACCCUUCACGGGAAACCCCAGUAUCAUCGGGGGUGGAUAAGUGUACAACAGGAGAAGAGACACAAAAUGCUGCAGAGACACCUACUUCAAUGACACUAUUGGACUUCAUGAAUUGGGGUCCGGAUAUUGCUGAUAAUGAGGUAAAGAAGGAGUCGCCAACAGCGAAUUCCGACAACUUAUCUACAGAAAGUGAAGUGAAGCAUGUGCACAAGCUUCAAAACAUAGUGACCAAUAACAAGUUGGUAUCGUACCUUGAGAAUAUAGGCGGCUUGAAAAGCCCCACGGCACGACAUUGACUCGAGAAGAGAGGGCCAGAAGAACACAGUUAAAAGCUCAACCUUCUUUUGACCGAGUUUUUCUUUAGAGCUGUAAUUACCAAGUCUAUUCAAUUCAUUCCUGUUGUAAAUAUGAAUGAUGAGCACGAGUAAUUUGGUUUUGGAGUAUUUUUUUUCUAAUAUGGUUCUUCUGCAGGGGUAUCUGUUAGUCAAUUUUGUUAGAAAGAGUUAGUCUUUUUAACUCAUAUUUUUAUCAGUCUUUCAAAGCAACUGGCAAGACCACUUUGUAAAAGUACAUUCAUCACAUAAUAACAAUUGCUCAAAUAACACUCCUAUAUGGUAUCUUUGAAACAUACUGGGAAGGAGAGUUAAAAGAGAAGAUUUACAUACAACAAAAAC